CCGGCGGGAAAGGUGCCGGGUUUGUCCCCUCAGGAGGCGGAAGGGGGACGGGAGCCGCAGCCUGCGCCGGUCUGUGGAGCUCAGGUCCCGGGCGCUGGUAACUGGAAUCCUCUGUGUCUUUGACGCAUUAACACACCAGCAACGGGCGGCCCCUCUGCUUGACAGGCAGAUUUUGUUCAUACCUAAAGAUUUUAGUAGGUAGUGAUCAGUACUUUAUAGCCUGUUCUUCCAUGAUGAAGGCCUUCGAGGAUCAAGUAGUCCAAGAAGAACCAGGAUACCAGGAUGAUGAGGAAUCCUUUUUCCAGGAUAUUGACCUGCUACAGAAGCAUGGAAUUAACGUAGCAGAUAUUAAGAAACUGAAGUCAGUUGGGAUCUGCACAAUCAAAGGAAUCCAGAUGACCACAAGACGGGCACUGUGCAAUGUAAAAGGGCUUUCGGAGGCCAAAGUGGACAAGAUUAAAGAAGCUGCAAACAAGCUUAUUGAACCAGGCUUCCUGACUGCCUCUGAGUACAGUGAAAAACGGAAGAUGGUAUUUCAUAUUACUACUGGCAGCCAGGAAUUUGAUAAACUCCUGGGUGGUGGGAUUGAAAGUAUGGCAAUCACCGAAGCCUUUGGAGAGUUCCGGACAGGCAAAACCCAGCUAGCUCACACCCUUUGUGUUCUAUUUUGGAAUGGAGGUUUAUUAUUUUCAGAACAUGGUUUGUAUAAAGAGAAAUCCUUAACUUUGACUAACACCAGCAGACCAGACCGUCUCCGUGACAUUGCUGAUCGCUUCAGUCUUGACCAUGACGCAGUACUGGACAAUGUGUUGUAUGCACGUGCAUACACUAGUGAACAUCAGAUGGAAUUGCUUGACUAUGUAGCAGCCAAGUUCCAUGAGGAAGCUGAUAUUUUCAAGCUAUUGAUCAUUGACUCCAUAAUGGCACUUUUCCGUGUGGAUUUCAGUGGUCGUGGGGAGUUGGCUGAACGACAACAGAAACUCGCUCAGAUGCUGUCAAGGCUCCAAAAAAUAUCAGAAGAAUAUAAUGUGGCCGUGUUUGUGACCAACCAGAUGACUGCUGAUCCAGGAGCAACGAUGACCUUUCAGGCAGACCCAAAAAAGCCCAUUGGGGGCCAUAUCCUUGCUCAUGCUUCAACCACCAGGAUUAGCUUGAGAAAAGGGAGAGGGGAGCUGCGUAUUGCAAAGAUAUAUGACAGCCCUGAGAUGCCUGAAAAUGAAGCCACGUUUGCAAUAACUGCUGGAGGGAUUGGGGAUGCCAAAGAAUAGGCAGAAAAAAAUGAUGUAAGUGUACAGCUGAAAACAACAUGGGUAACUGUGGUGAACAUCCGUGUGAGGUCACCAACUGCCUGGCUGCAUUUCG